UUCGCGGCGCGGCGGACAUGGCGGUGGAGUCCUGAGCUCGUCGUGUCCCGGCCUCCAGCGGCGGCGACGGCGACGACGGCGGCACCAGCAGCGGGAGGCGGAGGGGGAGCGGGAACCACUGAGAUGAGGAGGCGCCGCGCGCGCCUGUAGCUCGCGGGCCUCGCAGUUUGCUUGCCUAAACUGGAUUUGGAGCAAUUCAAACUACUGGAGAUCUGCCAUUUUACAAUAUCACAAUUGGAAAGAAGCAGGUUUUCAAAUAAUGGAAGAGCCUAAGACAUCUAAAAGUGAAAAUCAUGAACCAAAGAAGAAUGUAAUUUGUGAAGAAAACAAAGCAGUUAAAGCUAUAACUAAUCAAACUUUGAAAGCUAGAAAUGAUAAAUCUACAAAAGAAAUUGGGACCAGCUCUCCAAAUAGGAAUAGUAGUAAAAAAAACAAGCAAAAUGAUAUGUGUAUAGAAAAAACAGAAGUUAAAUCAUGUAAAAUAAAUGCUGCCAGUGUUCCAGGCCCUAAAGAUUUGGGGUUAGUCCUUCGAGAUCAAAGUCAUUGCAAAGCUAAAAAACAACCUAACUUAUCUUUGAAAGCUGAAAAGGUACCCAAUUUACAGACAAAGGCAGAAAAAUCACCAAAGUCACCUAAUUUACCAGUGAACACAGAAAAAUCACCUUGUUCACCUGCAGCAGAAGCAGAAAAGGCACUUAGUUCACAGAGGAAAACAGAAAAAGCACCUAGUUCUCAGAUGAAACCAGAAAAGGGGCUUAGUACACCAGCAGAACCAGAAAAGGUGACCAGUUUACUAUUGAAAGAAAGUAUUAAACAGUCAGAAUUACAGCAGACUGGAAAAAAAAAUCUGACCUCCUUUGUUUCUGUGGACAAAGUGAAUAUUGAAGCUCUACAGAGAGAAAAAUGUGCUCUGGAAAACUUACCACGAUCUCAGAAGCAACAGAUGCAGACAGAUAAUGCUGGAGAUUCUGAUGAUAGUGCUUCAGGAAUUGAAGACGUAUCAGAUGAUUUGAGUAAAGUGAAGAGUGAUGAAUCUAAUAAAGAAAAUUCUUCAGAGAUGGACUAUUUAGAAAAUGCCACUGUGAUAGAUGAAUCUACAUUGACACCUGAGCAGAGGCUAGGCUUGAAACAAGCAGAAGAACGCUUAGAAAGAGAUCACAUCUUUCGACUUGAAAAACGAUCACCAGAAUAUACCAAUUGCCGAUACCUGUGCAAACUUUGCUUGAUUCACAUUGAAAACAUACAAGGAGCUCAUAAACAUAUAAAAGAGAAACGACAUAAGAAAAAUAUUUUGGAAAAACAGGAAGAAAGUGAACUUCGUUCUCUACCACCUCCUUCCCCUGCCCACUUGGCUGCUUUAAGUAUUGCAGUUGUUGAAUUAGCAAAAGAACAAGGAAUAACAGAUGAUGACCUCAGAGUACGUCAGGAAAUUGUGGAGGAAAUGUCAAAGGUUAUAACAACAUUUUUACCAGAAUGUUCACUUAGGUUGUAUGGCUCAUCUCUGACUAGGUUUGCUCUAAAAAGUAGUGAUGUUAAUAUAGAUAUAAAAUUUCCUCCCAAGAUGAAUCAUCCAGAUCUUUUGAUACAAGUGCUUGGAAUUUUAAAAAAUAAUGUAUUAUAUGUAGAUGUGGAAUCUGAUUUUCACGCUAAAGUUCCUGUUGUGGUGUGCAAAGAUCAGAAAAGUGGUUUACUUUGUAGAGUGAGUGCAGGAAACGAUAUGGCAUGUCUCACUACUGAUUUACUUGCUGCUCUUGGCAAAAUGGAACCUGUCUUUAUUCCCUUGGUGUUAGCCUUUCGAUACUGGGCUAAGUUGUGCUAUAUUGACUCCCAAACUGAUGGUGGAAUUCCUUCUUACUGUUUUGCUUUAAUGGUGAUGUUUUUUCUACAACAAAGAAAACCCCCUCUUCUUCCUUGCUUACUUGGAAGUUGGAUUGAAGGCUUUGACCCAAAAAGAAUGGAUGACUUUCAGCUGAAGGGCAUAGUAGAAGAGAAGUUUGUGAAGUGGGAAUAUAAUUCAAGUAGUGCAACUGAGAAAAACUCAAUUGCUGAGGAAAACAAAGCUAAGGCAGACCAACCAAAAGAUGAUACCAAGAAGACAGAAACAGACAACCAAAGUAAUGCCAUGAAGGAAAAACAUGGCAAAUCUCCCUUAACAUUGGAAACACCAAAUCAGGUAUCCUUGGGACAGUUAUGGCUAGAGCUGCUAAAAUUUUACACACUGGAUUUUGCUUUGGAGGAAUAUGUCAUAUGUGUACGAAUACAAGAUAUUUUAACAAGAGAGAACAAAAACUGGCCUAAAAGGCGAAUAGCAAUUGAAGAUCCAUUUUCAGUCAAGAGGAAUGUUGCACGGAGCUUAAACAGCCAGCUUGUUUAUGAAUAUGUUGUGGAGAGAUUCAGGGCAGCUUAUCGGUAUUUUGCCUGUCCCCAGAGGAAGGGUGGAAAUAAGACUACAGUGGAUUUCAAGAAAAAAGAGAAGGGGAAAGUAAGCAAUAAGAAACCAGUGAAGUCUGACAAUGUGGCAACCAACUGUUGCAGUCUGCUUGGGGAAAGCACAGAAAAAAUAAAUACAGAAAGAGGUCAACCUGAUAAACAUGAUGAAAUGGAAGGUACAUCACAGAGAUGUAUUAUUAACAAUGACAGUUUGUUGGUAAAUGAACUAGAUUUGGCUAACCAUGAACAGGAAUCUUCAUCUCUUUCUGUGGAUGCCAAUCAAGGCAGUGAUUUAGAGCCAAAAUCAGUUAAGAAACAAAAUGACUUAGCGCCUUCAGAAACUUGUUUAAAAAAGGAGCUCAGCCAAUGUAAUUGCAUUGGGUUGCCUGACCCAGAUGAAUCUGUUGGAACAGACUGCAGGUCAAAUAUAGAAGCAGAAAGUUCACAUCAGAUUAUGUGCACCGACAUAUCUGCUACCUCUUGCAACUGCAAAGCUACAGAAGUUGCUUCUGACCUUAAUGAUGAUGAUAACCUCCCCUCCCAGGAAUUACAUUAUGUGUUUGAUAAGUUUAUUUUAACCUCUGGCAAGCCGCCAACGAUAGUAUGCAGCAUCUGCAAAAAGGAUGGUCAUUCAAAAAAUGAUUGCCCAGAGGAUUUCAGGAAAAUUGAUCUAAAACCUCUACCACCAAUGACAAACCGAUUUCGGGAAAUACUUGAUUUAGUAUGUAAAAGGUGUUUUGAUGAGUUAUCACCACCAUUCUCUGAACAACACAACAGGGAGCAAAUUUUAAUUGGCUUGGAAAAGUUUAUUCAAAAAGAAUAUGAUGAAAAGGCAAGAUUGUGUUUAUUUGGCUCUUCUAAAAAUGGAUUUGGAUUUCGUGAUAGUGAUCUAGAUAUUUGUAUGACCUUGGAAGGCCAUGAAAAUGCAGAGAAAUUAAAUUGUAAGGAAAUAAUUGAAAAUUUGGCGAAAAUUCUUAAGAGACAUCCAGGUUUAAGAAACAUUUUGCCUAUAACCACUGCCAAAGUGCCUAUUGUAAAAUUUGAACACAGACGAAGUGGAUUAGAAGGCGAUAUCAGUUUAUAUAAUACAUUGGCUCAACAUAACACAAGAAUGCUAGCUACUUAUGCAGCUAUUGAUCCUCGAGUACAGUACUUGGGAUAUACUAUGAAAGUGUUUGCUAAGCGUUGUGACAUUGGAGAUGCUUCCAGGGGAAGUUUAUCUUCAUAUGCAUAUAUCCUCAUGGUGCUGUACUUCCUGCAGCAGAGAAAGCCACCUGUUAUCCCAGUUCUACAAGAGAUCUUUGAUGGAAAGCAGAUUCCACAGAGAAUGGUUGAUGGAUGGAAUGCUUUUUUCUUCGAUAAAACAGAAGAACUGAAAAAGCGUUUACCUUCCCUUGGGAAGAACACAGAAUCAUUAGGAGAGCUUUGGUUGGGACUUCUUCGCUUCUAUACUGAAGAGUUUGAUUUCAAGGAAUAUGUAAUUAGCAUUCGGCAGAAAAAACUGUUGACAACUUUUGAAAAGCAGUGGACAUCUAAAUGCAUUGCAAUCGAAGAUCCUUUUGACUUGAAUCAUAACCUUGGUGCUGGAGUUUCUAGAAAAAUGACCAAUUUCAUCAUGAAGGCAUUUAUUAAUGGAAGGAAACUUUUUGGUACCCCCUUUUAUCCACUCAUUGGCAGAGAAGCUGAGUACUUCUUUGAUUCCAGAGUAUUAACAGAUGGAGAACUGGCUCCUAAUGAUCGAUGUUGCCGUGUGUGUGGAAAAAUAGGCCACUACAUGAAAGACUGCCCUAAAAGGAAAAGCAGUUUACUGUUUAGACUAAAGAAGAAAGACAGCGAAGAAGAGAAGGAAGGGAAUGAAGAAGAGAAAGACUCCCGAGACCUUCUUGACCCACGAGACCUCCAUGACACUCGAGACUUUAGAGACCCCAGAGACCUCAGAUGUUUUAUAUGUGGAGAUGCAGGACAUGUACGAAGGGAAUGCCCAGAGGUCAAGCUGGCCCGUCAAAGGAAUAGCAGUGUGGCAGCAGCCCAGCUGGUCCGAAACCUUGUAAAUGCCCAACAGGUGGCCGGUUCGGCCCAGCAACAGGGAGAUCAGUCCAUAAGGACUAGACAGUCCUCAGAAUGUUCUGAUUCACCAUCUUAUUCUCCUCAGCCCCAACCAUUCCCACAGAACUCUUCCCAGCCAGCUGCUAUUACCCAGUCUCCAACCCAGCCAGGAUCCCAGCCUAAGCUUGGCCCACCUCAGCAGGGAGCUCAGCCCCCUCAUCAAGUCCAAAUGCCCAUGUAUAAUUUUCCCCAAUCACCACCAGCUCAGUAUUCUCCCAUGCACAAUAUGGGAUUGUUGCCAAUGCACCCCCUCCAGAUCCCUGCCCCAUCCUGGCCCAUCCAUGGCCCAGUGAUCCAUUCUGCACCAGGCAGUGCCCCCAGCAAUAUGGGCUUGAACGAUCCCAGCAUCAUCUUUGCACAGCCUGCUGCCAGACCUGUGGCAAUCCCUAGCUCCUCUCAUGAUGGACACUGGCCUCGUACUGUGGCUCCAAAUUCCCUGGUGAACAAUGGUGCAGUGGGGAAUUCUGAGCCAGGCUUUCGUGGGCUAAAUCCUCCGAUUCCUUGGGAACAUGCACCACGUCCCCAUUUUCCCCUCGUCCCAGCUUCGUGGCCUUAUGGUUUGCAUCAAAACUUCAUGCAUCAGGGAAAUGCAAGAUUUCAGCCCAACAAACCUUUCUAUACUCAAGACAGAUGUGCCACCCGUCGGUGUAGAGAGCGUUGUCCCCACCCACCAAGAGGAAACGUGUCGGAGUAAUGCGAGUCCAUUUUCUUUCAGCUGGUCUACCGAUGCACAGCAACCAGCCAAUCCUGCUGUCUCAAGGGUAUCCGUACCUCAAUGUCAGUUACAUUCAGCAGAAAAAGUGACAUUUAAUGGAAAGCAAAACAAAUCAGGUCCUGAUUUAAGAUUUUAACACGUUUAGAUAGCUUAUUUAAAUUCUAAGACUGUUUUUAAACACUGUAUUAUUUGUAUAUAAAUAUGAACUAUAGUUUUUACUAGUAUCACUAAAUCGAGUGAUACAAAUUUCAUCUAUUUUAUUACCCUAUUUUUAAGGGAAUUUUAUGUUUUGUUUAACCUUGAUGAAUUGUAUAAAGAGAGAAUUUAAAAAUUACAUUCUUUAUUUUCUAUUAGCUGUAUUCAUACUUUGGUUGCUUCAGACUUUAUAUAUAUAUUGUUCUUAAGAAUUAGGAAAGGAUUUCAUGUGUUUUAAAUUUGUCACUUCUAUUCUUUACAGAACCUUGUAGUGCCAAAAACUUUUUAAAAGGUAAAAAAAUAAAAAUUACAACAUGAAGAUUCAAAAUCUUUUUCUUUAACAUACUUGUAUAUUGAAUAUAUUCAAACUUGAACAGAAAGUUGCUUUUGUUUGUAUUUGCGUUCUAUUUUAAGUUAAUAAAUUUUUUUUGAUAAGAGUCAAAUUUGGUUAAUUCAACUGGUUUAGAUGAUGGAACUAUAACAUAAGAAUUCAAAGAUCUGUUUCAUUUUUAGCAAGUAUUCUAAAUCAGACCUAGAUAUCCAAGGAUCUUUUCAUGAAGUCCCUUAUUCUUUUGGAUUUUUUAUAACCAUAUGAAGAUGAUGGCUACAGGUACCAUCUCCAUUUCAUCACUGAAAAUGAAAACUGAAGAGCAAAGCAAAAAUGUGAAUUCCAGACAUAGUACACUUUACAUGUUGGAAUUUGAAUUGAAAUAGAUGUUUGGAAGAAUUUUUUAAACAUUGAGAUUAAUAUUGGCCAUUGGAAUGAAGGGAAGUUAAUUGUUAUCUACUGAGGAACUAGUGUGUGCCAGACCACCCAUUCUGGGUCCUGGUAUUCCCACCCAGAAAGCACACUUGCCAGGACCAUCAUUGUUUAACAAUAAUGCUUGUGAUCAGUAACUACAGAAUUAGAACCACAUGCUGCUUAAUGACGGGGAUACAUUUUAAGAAAUGCAUCACUGGGUCAUUUUGUUAUCGUGCAAACAUAACAAAAUGUACUUAUAUGAAUCUAGGUAGUGUGGGGUUCAAUCACCUGACCUGGCCUCUUGAUGCAAUUGAAAAGCAGUAAACACUAGAUGUAUGAGACUGCUGCCAGUGUAACACAGCAUACUCUUUUAUAGUAAACUUGUUUUUUGUAUAAGCAGAAGGAAUACACUUUGAUAAAAACUAUAGUAUUAUGUUUGCAUAAAAUCAUACGUGCUAUACUUUUAUGUGAUUGGCAGUACAAUGGGUUACUUUGCACCAGCCAUUUCUCAUAAGCCUGUGAGAAAUGCAUUGUACUAGAUAUGAUGCUUACCACCUCUCUAGGUAAUAGGACUAUUUCAGCUCUAUAAUCUUAUGGGACCAUGUAGUUGGUUGUUGACGGAAAUGUUUACUGCAGCAGGUGACCAUUGAAAUAUGGAGGAAUAUUUUUGUUUUUUUAAUAUCACUGAGGUGAGGUAAUUUCUCUAACCCCUUAGUCAGAUUUGCCAGGAAUUUAGGCCAAGUGGUGAUUUAAAUCUUUCUGGAAAUGUGCAGAAUAAGAUGACGAAAGUGUAUUUUAAGGACAGUACAUUGUCUUUGUUUUGCUUCCUCAGAUAUGUUACUUAAAUAGGAGACCACCUGAACUCUUGCUCUAUUUCCCAAUAUGGAAGAUAUUUGAAAUACUCCAUGAAAUAUUGGAAGUUGGAGGGUAUUCCCUGCCACAUUUUCAGCCCUGUAUUAAGACCAGGUCUGUUUACUGUCAGUUUUUCAUAUUAAAUCUUUAGUAUCAUUCAGAAUUUUAGUAUGAUGUGGAGUCAAAUCUUGUUAUUAAUGAGAUACUUGACUCAAUAUGGUUUUGUGUUAAAAUGACCUUAAAGCAUCAAGAUGUCCUUGAAAAUUAAUGUUCAAAUAUUUCAUCUUCCUCCAGGUCUUGGAGAGCAGGUGAUGAAGUGUACAUGGGUAUUCAUUUUAAUGUUCUCCCUACUCUUGUAUAUAACUGAAAUUUUCAUAUAAAAAAACAAAACAACAAAAUCUAUAACAGAGAAUGCCCCUAGCUUAGCUUUCCUUCCUGAAGGCAAUGGGUAACCUGGUAACCAAUAACCUAGGUUUUACUUACAUUACUGUGUUUAAGCUUCUAAUUUUCAGCAUCUUGCUUCCCUUCCUUCAGUAACUGCCAAUGUUCAAUAACUGGCAAAACUUCCAAGUUGAAAAACAGGUAAUUCUGGUUUAUUAUUUAUUCAAUAAUAGCUCAGUUUUAUAAUUUUGCAAAGUUGAUUAUGAAUUCAGAUUCAUUGUAGAGCAACUGAAAAUUACAGAAAUUAUCAAGAGAAUAAACACAAUUAUUAAGAUCGUAUUGUUAAAAUAUUUUAUAUUGUUUGACACGAAGGUUAAAUUUUCCUUAGCCAUUGAUUAUUCAAAAAUAUAUAAAUGAUACACUGUAUAAUUUAUUUGUUCAGUUUUCUUCAGAUACAUUUUUUGCUGUUUCUAGCUUUUCUCAUAUAUAUAAAAUAUAUGCCAAUUGAUGAUGGGGUAAAGCUAUUUAUGUGUAUAUUCAUUGUUAGGUUGAAUUCCAAAAAAUGCGAUUACUGGGUAAAAGAAUGAAAGUUCUAAAGUUUCUCCUACAUACUGUGUAACUGCCCUCUAGAAAAAAUGGUUACCAAUUUGCAGCAGCAAACAACAUGUAAAAUGUAUUAGUUAUACUUAUAAAAAAAAUCUUUAAACUCCUAAGUUAUUUUUUCCUUGUAAAAAAUAAUUUAAUGUGUUUAUUGAGGAAGUAAAAGGUAUUAUAUAAAAGUACAAAGCAUAAAAAUCACUCAAAAGCCCACAACCAGAAGUACUAUUAGUAUCUUGUAAACUUCAUUAAUUCUAGCCAUCUCUCUCAAGCACAGACAUAUGUACACAAAUAGUUGUACAAAAGCAGACUCAUAUAUUAUAUUUAACAUAUAGCAAAUUAAUUUCACCCAAAUUCAACAGAAAGAAAACAAAUAUGAAAUUGAAGAAAUGGUCAGCCAUAAGUUUAAUUCAAAAAAGAUUCCUCUUAAAAUUAAGGACAAUUAUGGAAAACAGUGAAGAGGCUAGUGUUUCUUCUAGCUUCAUGUUUUGAUUAGACUAUGGAGUCCUGUAUAAUAGGUGAAACCAGCACACUUGAGUUUCUUUACUUCUGUGUAUUAUUUCUACAUAAGACGAUGUUCAUAUUAAAUUCGAACCUAUUAUUCCUACUAUUUUGUUUAAAGUUUCUAAAAUGCUUAUUACUACCUUUACUGCACAUUUUUUCUCUUCUUGUUUACUUAAAUUUUAUUAUCAGGCAGAUUUCCCCCCCACCCCCCCAAGGUUCACUACUUCUGUACUUUAAUUACAUACUUCAGAAUGUUUAUUCCCUUUAUAAAUUUUUUGGGGGGGUAGAUACUGGGGAU